AUGGUUAAGAAGGAAAGUAAUGGGGCAAGUGGAUCCCAAUCGCCGGCUGUAUGGAAUGCUCACAAUACAUCACUAUUUUGUAACGUGUGUGUCAAGGAAGUGGAGGCAGGAAAUCGUCCUGGUACCCACUUUAAAAAAGAGGGAUGGGAAAAUGUGAGUAUUAACCUAAAUAAAGAGACUGGAGCUGAGUAUAGUAAACAACAGCUGAAAAAUAAGUGGGAUGCACUUAAGGAGCAAUGGAAAUUAUGGAAAGAACUAAAGGGAAAAGAAACUGGUCUAGGAUGGAAUCCCAAGCUCAACACCAUUGAUGCUUCGGAUGAGUGGUGGCAUAAUAAAAUUCAGAUCAACAAAAAAUAUAAAAGUCUGCGUAGAAAAAGAAUUAGCCCUGAUAUGGAAGAUAAGCUAGAUAGGAUGUUCAUGAAUACCACUGCUACUGGUGAACAUGCUUGGGCACCCUCGUCUGGUGUACUUCCAUGUGAAAAUAAUGAUGAAUCUGAUGAGGAUGAUGGCAUUCAAAUUGAAAGUAGUGAUUUUGAUGAUGUUAUCCCACUCAAAAAUACUCAAGCUAAUGAGAAGUAUUUGGGGAAGAAGAAAAAAAAGAACUCGACAAUUUGA